AUGACAACUUAUGAUUUAGAUAGGACUGUUCACGCCAAUUGCUAUAAGGAAAUAGAGAAACAUAUAAAAAAUUUUGGUAUAAGAGAAUCUGAAUUCAAAAAGACAAAUACUAUCCAAACCAAAUUAACUGAUAAUAAACAUGCCAAUAUUUCACAAAAAUUGGCUGAUAAAGUAAUUGUUGAUUUUAUUAUUGACACAGUUCAGCCAUUGUCCUUGGUUGAUAAUCCAUCAUUUACUAUGAUGAUUAAAACUUUAUCCCCUGGCACAACAGUUUUAUGUCGCCAGACACUUAUGAAUAAAAUAGCCGACAACUUCAAAGUGAUGAAAGAUGCUCUAAUAGUAGAGUUAUCAGAUAUAUCUUAUGUAAAGUCAUAUAUACGUAACACGGUGUUCAAUAUCUCUACCGUGACAAUAUUUUUAUUCGUUUUGAAUGUGGCGGAUACUCAAUAUGUUAAGGAAAUGCUCAAGUGUCGUAUAGAAAAGGGGAAAAUGGCAGGUCCCGCCAGAUGUUGUCCGGGAAAACGUUUGAACAAUUGCGAUAAUUUUACGUGUUGUAGCACAUAUUUAGACUGCGAUCAUAGUUGCUCAAAAAAUAAAGGUGUUUGCGUGUCAAAGUCCUGUUGUCAUGGGGAUAUUUCUAAAAUAAGUUCAUGUGGCUCUGAAAUGGACACGGUUUGUUGUCUUUCUGACAUAAAAUGCGAUAAAGAUCUAUUCCCAAAUAUUUUCGAUAUGACAACAUCCCUAUAUGAUACAAAGGACAAGAGAAGGAAGAAAGAAUUUGAUCGUUACCAGGCCACUGUAUUUGCUGAUUACGCGCGUUUAUUGAAAAUGAAAGAUUAUAUUAUGAGAGCAGCUGUAGAAACUGGUGUAGACGAAUAUUUGCUGGCAUCAUUUAUUAGUAAAAUGUCGCGAAGUGGCAAAAGAUUAUAUGUUAGGGGUUUUGGACCUGAUGAUAGAUGGGGCCUUUUACAAAUAGACACAAAAAGGCAUAUACCCAACGGGUCCCCGUAUAGCUACGCCAAUAUUAAACAAGGAGCUCAAAUUAUGAGAAACAUGAGAGAGCUGAUAAAUAGGAAAUUUCCUUCUUGGAAUUCGGAGAAAUUGAUGAAAGCUACAAUUGGAAUGUACAAACUUGGAGAUAUAAAGAAAUUGACAUCUUACAGCAUUUUUGAGAGCAUGAUAAUGAAAUCCUUCAUUGAAGACAUCAUAAAAAGGGCUCAAAUUUUUAAGAAGCUAAAAAUAUUUACUACAACUAAUACAAGAGAUUCGGUGGACAUAUCGGCAAGCGAAAUUAAAGCAGAAUCUAAAACAUUAUACAAGAAACCUACCAUUUAUAAAAGCGAUUUACGAGAUAUGGAUUCAACUGAUUCAUUCUCACUUAAACCUAUCUAUGAUUUAAUAUUCGUUCUGAAAACCACUGGUGCUUCUAGCUCAACCGUAGAAAAAUUUAACUUAGAUGUCAAAGGUAUUGCAGCAUCACAAUAUCUCAUAAAUUUAGAUCUAAAAGCAUUGAUACCAUUGGCCUCAAAAAUUAAAAGUGUUGCGAGAAUCACUAGCAUACCAGGGGAAUUAAUAGCCGCACUCAUUAGUCAAAGGUCUCGAGUUGGGGCCCUCUUAAAUGAAAGCUAUUACGGAGAAAUUGGAUUUGGAUUAUAUCAACUCGGUUAUGUUCCGAAACAUCCAAUGGCAUCUCCAUUUAGUUAUUUCCAUAUACAAAAUGGUGCUAUAGCCUUCCAUAACUAUUUAAUUAUGUUGAAACAAAGUUACCCUAUAUUCACAUUUAAACAAUAUCUUAUAGGAGCUUUGGUAUCUUUUGAAUUGCAAACUUUUUCAGUUCCAUCCUUAGACGAAAUAAAAGAUUUAUAUGUUAAUGGCAAUUUAGCUAUGGAUGUCAUAGCCCGAGCUCAGUGGUUAAGGUACAUAGGGUAUCCUAACAAUUUUCUCUACAUCAAUUCGAAUAAUUCAAAUCUAACCGGUAAUGAAGUAGUGAUGGUGAAAAGUGAAAAUAUAGCUUCCAUUAACCAAAUUACCACAACACAAAUAUCUACUUUAAAAAUUUAUGACACUACUGGCACAAAUGAAUUCAUUGAACUUUCCGAAAAUACACCAAUUGAUACUGAACCUUUAACGUUCGCCGAUGUUGUAACAUACUCUGAAAUCAUUGAUUCUGAGGUAGAUAAUUUCAUUACUGUUCCUAAAGAAGAUUUAACAUCUAUUGGUUAUCAAAGUGCAAUUUUAAUUAAUGAUAGCUUUGAAGAAAUUAUAUAUCCUGAUGUCUCUGCAUAUAUUUCAAUUCCAACAUUUCCCUCAAUAUUUGAUUUCUCUCCAAAAAAUCAAAUAUUAAUCGAUUAUGAUCUAAUAAACUUUACAUCUUUAUUUGAAACAAAUUUGGAUACAGAUGCUACAGCAAAAACUCCUAAUUUAUUAAAUAAAAUUUUAACAGGAAAUGAACAAAUACUCACAGAAACAGAUAUAGAUUCGGAAAGAGUUUCUGCAAAUAUAUUAGCUAUAAAUUCAAUAGAUUUAGUUACCACUAAUUAUAAUAAUAUAUUAUAUAUAACCAACAAAAUAACUGAUUCCACUUACAUUCAAGACCAUAAAUUUGAUACACAAGCUAUUGCCGAUAUCGUUAUCACUGACUCUCCAAUCUUGGUAAACAAUGUAGAUUUAGUAGAUAAAACUCACGCGAUAACUAAUAAUAUUGAGGUUCAAACUCAUGAAAUAUUCCAAAAUAUACAAACUUUUAUUCCAACAAUAUACGAAAAACAAACAAAGAAUCAUUCCAGUUUUCAACAUAAUUUAGAAUUUCACCAGAUAAACGAUAUAGUCGCACAUUAUAUUCCUGAUGUUACAACAAUAGAUACUUUCGAAUUUCCUUCAGUAUCUUUCCCAUCCAUAACUCUAAUUAACAAAUCUAUAAUUAUAAAUUCAGAAAAUAAAAAUACAAAAGGACAAAUAAUUUAUAAUAUAACCGAUACCAUAUCCAAUAUGUUCGUUAAUAUUUCAUCAUUGAUCUAUGACAACAAAAUUAUUAUAACUAAUGAAUCUUUGAACUUAGUUAUUUCUUUCCGAACAACUAAUGAUUCAUCUACUUAUAAUAUUCUUGACUUAGAUGCAAUUAAUAAACUAUUAAUGUCAACUAAUCUGUUUGAUAAAAACGAUUGUGAUUGCAAUAAGAUAAUGAAUAUUCAUUUAUCGCUUUACAUCAGAAACUCGUUAAAUGACAAUAUAAUUUCCAAUAUAAAAUUAAAAGGUUUAAGCAAUAAUUCGGAAGUGAUAAUAAUAUCAAAUGCUACGUUGAACACGGUAGAAAUUACAGCAAACACUAUAAAUAAAACAAUUAUUCAAACAAUAUUUUCAGCCCACAAUGGAACAUUGAUAAUUAUCGAUAAUACUACGGGAAAUAUUAUGCUUUCCACUAACCUUAUCAAUUCAGUCAUAGCUAAUACGAAUAAGUCAAUAAUUGAUAUUAUUGCUCCAAUUGUUUCUACAGAUUCGCCAAUAAUUUUAAACAAUACGAAUCAAAAAACUGAAUUUUCAAUAAACAAUUCAAUAAAUCCCACAUUAGAUACAAUAAUUGAUAGCCAUAUUGGGAUAUUAACAUUAGAAGCUAUUAACAUUGAUUUUACUCCAAACAUCACCAUAACGACAAAUGGGACGUAUGGAACAGGUUCAGCAACUUUUAACGGUACAAUAAUCAAUAAAUAUGUUAUAACAGAAACGUCAGAUACUUCAUUAAAUGGGAGCCAUAUUAUAAAAAAUCAUGUAACAGAUUCCAACAUGGUUAUGUUAACCGACACGACUGUCAAUGCGACAGAUAUGUCGCUAAGUAUAACCGAUAUGAUGUUAUUAUCAAGCAUAAAUUUUAUAAACAUAACCAAAGAUGUUAGUGAAACAUUUUAUAUACAUAAGAAUGAUACAAUUACUUCAAAUUUAGGUAUAAACGGAGCAGCUAUUUCCCCUGAUAUCAUGACUGCUUCUCCCAUAAAUAGUAUUGAUAAUAUAAUGACAGGAUUUAUAAAUAUUACGAGUUCUAAUUUAAACAAAAGCAUGAACAAAACAAUGGGAUGA